AACUACAAGUCCCUUGUCUCGCGCCGCUCUGCUGCUCAGCUCGGGUGAAGUGCUGGGUUCGGUUUUGAACGCAGAGAGCGAGCGGGAGUGUGUGACAGGACCGGAUUCAAUAAGUACAGCUGUUUUGCGAUGGCUGCGGACGGUGUUGCCCAGUUGACCGACUCUCUGGCUAAGACCGGAGUGGUGGAAGUAGAGCUGAGCUACAAAGGACAGGGGAGAAAGCUGGAUGAUGCCCAGUCAGUGGCGGACAUGGUUAAGGAGAUCGAGGAAUUUGAAGAUUUGCAGGCCCUGAGGUUGGAGGGAAACACCGUAGGGGUGGAGGCAGCAAAGGCCAUCGCCAAGGCCCUAGAGACAAAGAGCAUGUUCAAGCGCUGUUACUGGAGUGACAUGUUCACAGGGCGUCUGCGCUCUGAGAUCCCGGCUGCCUUGAAUUCCCUGGGUGACGCCGUGAUGCUGGCAGGGGCCCGGCUCACCGUCUUAGAUCUCAGUGACAACGCCUUCGGGCCUGAUGGGGUGAAGGGAAUCGAGAAGUUGCUCAAGAGCACGGCGUGCUACACGUUGCAGGAGUUACGUCUCAACAACUGUGGCAUGGGCAUUGGAGGGGGAAAGAUCUUGGCUGCGUCUUUGAUCCAGUGCCAUAAAAAGUCCAGUGCAGAGGGCGCUCCGCUCGGCCUCAAGGUGUUUGUUGCAGGGAGGAACCGCCUGGAGAACGAUGCAGCCACUGCCCUCGCUCAAGCCUUCCAGUUGAUGGGCAGCCUGGAGGAGGUUCACAUGCCUCAGAAUGGCAUCAAUCACCCGGGGGUGACCGCUUUGGCCAAAGCCAUGCAACACAACUCAGCGCUCCGCAUCCUCAACCUCAACGACAACACCUUCACUGAGAAGGGGGCUAUCGCCAUGGCUCAGGCGCUGAAACACCUACGCAACAUCCAGGUGAUAAACUUUGGCGACUGUCUGGUGCGGCCAGCAGGAGCCGUAGCCAUUGCAGAGGCUGUUUCAGAGGGACUACCGAUCCUCAGGGAACUCAAUCUGUCAUUUGGCGAGAUUACGGAAGAUGCCGCUCUGGCUGUGGCACGAGCGGUGAGGGGCAGAGAAAAGUUGGAGAAACUGGAUCUAAAUGGUAACAGUCUAGGAGAGGACGGCUGCCAAACUCUGAAAGACGCCAUGGAGGCCAUGAAGAUUGGCCAGCUUCUAGGAUCGCUCAGUGACGACGAGGGCGUGCCAGAGGAUGAUGAGGAUGAUGAUGACGUGAACGAUGAGGACGAUGAGGAUGAAGACGAGGAUGUGGAUGAGGAGGAAAUGGAGGAGGAGGAAGAAGAAGAGGAGGAGGAGGAAGAAGAAAGCAGUGGUAUCAAGGUGUCCACCCCUGCGCCCGUAUCCCGGCCGCCAGACGUCUACUCCUUCCUCAGCUUUCCGUCCCCGGACAAACUGCUCAAACUAGGAGCCAAGAGAGCGAUGCUGAUCGAGCAGCAG